AUACGGUAGUGUGUUUGUGUGUCUGUGUGUGUGUGUGUGUGUGUGUGUGUAGACCGCUACAGCUGCUCAAGGAUGAAUCAAGUGCAAGUAAGAGUUUCUAUAGGCUUCUAGUCAUGUUUACUUGGAUUUUAAUUCGUGGAUUUGCAAAAUAAUGCUUCGUUCUCGAGUUAUGCCUAGUUUUGCUUACUUGGAAUGCCAUUGCAGCCUUUUCAGAAGAGCACGUAGCCAAACUUGUUUACCGAGUGUUACUACUCUACUUAGUAGUUAGCUCUGUACUAGAACGCUAGCUAUUGGUAGCUGCAAGAGUGAGGAUGAGAGCUGCAAGGCUCUGCUGAUGGCAGCCAUUAAUUUUAGAAUUGAACUUUUGGCAUCGAUCGUUUUUAACAACAAUCAUGGUCGAUCAUUACCCAUUCUUUGAGUUUGCAUGCAGCAAAAUAAUUAUUGCAAAAAUGUUCAUCAGCUAUUAGUAGCUUUAUGUUAUGUAGCUUUGGCAUCUCCACGAGGCAUCAGCACCUGCGGUGCUUUCAUUAUUAGAAGCAUGAAUACAAAUAAUUAUAACUUAUAGUAGUUAUUCCUGCAGCCAUUCAUGUCUCAUAAGCAAUUUAAUAUGUAAGUGCAUUAUGGAAAUAAGAGAGGUGGCACCCUCUUCUCUGGUCAGAUAAGGCAGUUCCUCACAAUUUUUUUUGUUGUUUCAACCCCUCCAACACACACACACACACACACACACACACACACACACGUGUGUGAGGCGUUCCUUCAAGGUGGAUGUGUACAGCUGUGCUCCAACUGUCGGCAUGAUCUGGGCAAGUCCCUACAGGCAGUACUAUUGGACCUGUUCCCUGGAUACAAUGGAGGGAGAUCACACUACACACACUAACUGGGACCAGAGGAGGUGGGACGUGUGUCAUCAGUCACAUGGCAAUGGAAUGUGUGGUAUACAAUGUUUACGUUAGGCUCUUGACCGUUAAGAGCCUAAGAUCAGACCUUUAACCUUUCCUUACAUUUCAGUGUAGCUAUGGUGCCUGUGGUAGAUCUACUGUUGUGCUUUCUAGCAAGCUCACAUCACCUUCUAGUAAUCUCAAAUAUUGUAAACUGUGAUGGAAGAUGGCAACCAACCUGAAGUAACCACCCUAGACUGCUCUCCGUAGUAGCUUUAUAUCUACAGUAAAAACCACUAGGUUUGAUAGUGAAUUUCAAGCUAUUGAGCCGGGAUCCCACUGGGAUUGCUAAUCCACAAGUUAGUACUAUCCUUUCGCUACAUGAUAGCUAGAUCUUGAGAAAAUUACCGUGGGAUUGCUGCUGUUUUGAUUGCUUGAAGAUCUUUACUUUCAUGCACAAAUCCUUGUCUGUGGUUAAACCUGGAUUGUUAAUUAUUGAAGCGCACGUGAUGCGUGUCCUACCUCCUCUGAACUGGGACCACUGAAUUAGACUGGCGGCGACAGCCCCUCGCGUGCGUAGCGCGAGGGACUGGCAAACUGCCUAUCAGUCACUCGUCUCAGGUGCAAUGAGCAUUGCAACCUAUCAGAUUGCUCAACGUCAUAUUAGCCCUGUAAUUGUAACCGCACUUAGGCCACACCAAAUUGAUCUUAUGUUUCACGGACUUUUAAUCUCCAAAAACAGACCAGGGUGGCAGGCAAAAAAAGAAAAAAUUUGAUGAAUAUCAUUAUAAAACCACAAACAGAGUCAUAACACACCACAAAAAGUCACUUUAGCAAAACAUUAAAACAUUUUGCUAGAUCACAUGGCUAUUCUGACCUCUGACCUGACCACUAAUUGGUUAUUUUUUUGGACAUUCUGCAAAAAUAUGACCUGGAAAAUCCGUGAAACAUAAGAUUAAUUUGGUGUGGCCUUACACUUCAGGGGAUUCAGUACAUUCCAUAGUAGCUAAAUCUCAUAGCAAAAUUUAACCACAUUAUCUAUAAUGAUAUUCAUGUUUGGUAGUGUCAUAUGAUCUAUACACCUCCGCUGAGACGAGUGACUUAUAGGCUACGCGCUCAGCUGCCAGUCUACCACUGAAUACUGUUAUUCUAGAACUGCAAUGUAGACUAGAUCUAGGCAUGUCAUGUGCACACUUCCUUAUCAUGACUUUUGUUAAUUGCUUUCAGUAUAGAUCUAAUACAUGUACUAUAUCUACUGAUGAAUCUACUUAGCUAGAGAAAUUUACUAGCUAUACAGCAAGAGUUCAUUAGGAUGAAUAAUGAACUCUUGGCUACAAGAAUAAAGAGAAUGUUCCCCUCAAGAUUAUUGCUCUGCUGUCUGCUGGGAAGUGUUUCUCUUGUGUAUGGACAGACUUUGAUUCGACUGGCAGCACCCAAUGAGCCCCCUGGUACUGACCACACUGGAAAGAUCAUCUCGUUCUCUGAUGUUGGAUCAGGACUUGGUACUGAUCCACAAGCCUGGUAUUGCUACACCAACCCUGGUGGUACAGCGUGGCAAGGUCCUGGUGGGAGUACAUUGGACAUAGCUUACAGAGAUGCAGUUGGGGAUGAACUGUUCAUCAGUGGUGUUAGUAACGUUGGCGUUGUUCUGCAUCGUGGUCCCACACACUACAGUCCUGAUGGAGAACACUGCUGUGUGAGGCUUGCCACCAAUGAGAGGAGAUGUGUCACCUUCACUCCCUGCCCCACACUGAGUCCCCUCUCUAAUGGAAUGAUCUCAUACAAUGCAACCACCAACAUGGCCACCUACACCUGUGACACUGCUGGUUACGCACCAACCAUCACCAUGGCCAGUGGAUCAGUUCUGCAGAUAACUUGUAUGAGUGAUGGUACUAGUGCUGGUACCUGGUCUCCAUCACCACCUACAGCUUGUGCACUUGUGGAUUGUGGCUCCCCACCUCCCCCUGGCAACAAUGCAUCUCCUGUUGGAACACUCACCAGAACAACCUACCAAGGGACAGUGACCUACACCUGUGACAGUGGGUACGAGGUCUCCACUGGAGUCACCAUAGUAACGGCUACUUGUAUGGCUAAUGGGAUGUGGGAGACUGUAACAAAUUGUUCACCUGUGAAUUGUGGUCCCCCACCCUCCAUUGGCAAUGGAUCUCCUGAAACACCAACCAGCACAACUCUUGGAGGGAUGGUGACCUACACUUGCGUCAGUGGGUAUGAGGUCUCCACCACAGCAAUGGCUACCUGUAUGGCUAGUGGGAUGUGGGAGACUGUACCAACUUGUUCCCCUGUUGACUGUGGUUCCCUGGACGCCCUCUCCAAUGGAGCAGUGGACACAUCCUCUGGAACCACCUUCAUGAUGACUGCUACCUACACCUGUAACACUGGAUACAACAUUGUUGGAGAGGCCACUCGAACUUGUAGGGCUGAUACAAUAUGGACUCCAGAGGCCCCCACCUGUGCACCUGUUGACUGUGGUCCCCUCACUGUUCCUAACGGGCAAGUUAGUACAUCCUCUGGAACCACCUUCAUGAACACUGCCACCUACACAUGUGAUCAUGGCUACAAUCUCAUUGGAGUAUCAGAUAGAACCUGUCAAGCUAAUGGAGCCUGGAGCCUAACAGCACCUACCUGUGAUCCUGUUGACUGUGGUCCCCUAAAUAACAUUGCCAAUGGACUGGUCAGUACAUCCUCUGGAACCACCUUCAUGAUGACUGCUAUCUACACCUGUAUCACUGGAUACAACAUUGUUGGUAGUGAGAGCAGAACCUGUGGAGCAAGUGGAGCAAGUGGAGUGUGGUCAGGAGAACCUCCAGUGUGCAACUUGAUUCCUUUGAGCAGUGGAUCAAUGAAUGUCAUUGCCAACAACUCUGUCUUAUCACUGGCGGCCAUUGGAUCCUCUGCCCUCACCUGUCACACUGAGCUCACCACCUGCUGCAGAAGAGUGGACAACAACGGCAAUGCUCUCGGGGAGUGGAGAGGACCAAAUGGUGACAGCAUUCCUGACUCAAACACCGACGGAUUCUAUGUGUCACGAGAUAUGAGCUCCAUUAGUCUGAAUCUUGCUGAGGGAUCCAGUGAAGUAGCUGGUACCUACUGUUGUCAAGUGCCCAGGGAGAGUGGGGCAACCACUACACAUUGUGUCAUGGUGACUGUCAGUGCAGGUGUAGUGGUCAAUAUUGUUGCUGUGGCUGCAGCUGGUUGGGUGGUUGCUGGAGUCUUGACCAUUGCUGUGCUAGUACUGAUUGUGGUUAUGUUGAGGCAACGGAGGUCUGGAUCCAAGGACAUGAGUGAUGUGAAGACAAGCAGCCAACCAACAGAACUACCCCCAGUGGUAAUGAGUCAUCUCCCUUCCCAUGAUUACGAGGAGUUAAGCAAACUUCAGGAGGAGGCUGCCUAUGAGGUGGUGGACCAGCCACACCCCCCUCCUCCUACAGACUACCAGCUCUCAGCCUGUGCAGCUUAUGCACCCACUGACUUCAACACAGAGAACAAGUAGACACAAAGCAACACAGAUUGUUUGUCAAUUGUAUUUUACAUUGUAUACUUUUAGAUAUUUUAUGCACAUGAAUAGAAUUAAAGCACCACGGGUGCUGAUGGCAUCAGUGAUGCCUCGGUAGA